UCAGAAGAAGACGAGUAGAAUGGCCGUGACCAACCCUUGAAAAAGUGUUUGCAGUAUUGAGCGGCUGAGCGAAAGGUAAGGUAAGGCUUAAAACCAGCAAAUGUUUCUCAAGAGAAUUCAAUAGGUUGUGACAUCUAGAACAUUAUGAGUGGUGCUCCUAAAAGGUUGCAUGAGGAGGUCAACCCUCCUCCAACUUCGAAGCAUCCACUGGAAGAGAGUAGCUUGCCGCCCCUCUCUGUGAAAAUUUCUCAGUCAGGUUCGAAUGAAUAUCCCUUUGAACUGGGACCGGAAGGCCGGUUAGCAAAAAUCCAACGUACAGAAGCACGAGAUGCAGAUAAACGGCCAACUCUUUUUCCGGCAUAUCGACUAUCAUCUUCCUCUAAUGAUUCGUGUGUGGUUACGAGUGAAAACAGGAUGGAAUCAAAAGAUUCCAAGGAAAACAGAGAUUCCAAGGUUGAGAAUAGAGACUCGAAGGCAGAAGCAAAGGAUUUACACACUGAAGCCAGGAUAGAUGCUCAAUCUGGUAAAGGUGAGAAAGAUGUAAGAUUAGAUAGUAGGGGGGAUGUUAACAAAGAAAUAAAACAUGACAGGGAACCUCAUACAGAUUUUAAGGCUGAAACCAAGAUUGAAAAGGAUGGUUAUACUGCAGGGAAUUUUCACUCAAGCUGGAAAGAGCACAAGGAACACCACAAAACGAAAAGAUAUCCAGAAACAUCUGAGGACAGUUUGGAGCCAUGGCGUGUUUCACGACAUAAUAUGCAUGGACCAAAUGAGACUAGAAAAGAGGCUUCAACAACCGAAGAGAGGGAUCAUUCAGAAGCACAUGAGGCUGUUGGGGAAAACAAGGUUGACUUGAAAAGUGAGGAUAAAUACAAAGAGAAGGAAAGAAAAAGGAAGGAUGAAAAACAGAGGGAUUGGGGAGAAAGGGACAGGGACAGGAAUGAGCGUCGAAACAACAUGCAAGUUGGUAUUACGAAUAGUGAACGCAGAGAAUCAACGAGAGAAGAGAGAGAAGUAGAGAGGUGGGAGAGGGAAAGAAAGGAACUUCCAAAAGACAAGGAGAGAGCAAAAGAGAGAGAGAAGGAUCAUAUUAGGAAAGAAACACCUAAUGGAACUGAGAAAGAGGAUCUACACAACGAAAAAGAAUUGAUGGAUGGAUCUGUCAAAAUUCCUGAGCAAGAAAAUCCAGUGUCCGAACAAAAGCUGCAGAAAGAAUUUGAUAGCUGGAAACCUGUUGAGAGGGAUGCUAAAGAAAAAAGAAGAGAAAAGGAUGCAGAUAUGGAUAUUGAUAGACAUGAAAAACGCAGCAGGUCCUAUGAAAAGGAGUCAGAUGAUGGAUGCACUGAGGGAGAUGGAGGAACAGACAGAGAAAGAGAUGGUUUUGGUUAUGGGAUUCAGCAGCGUAAGAGAAUGCUUCGGCCUAGAGGAACUCCCCAAGUGGCUAAUCGAGAACCCCGUUUCCGGUCCAGGACUCGGGAUAAUGAAGGAUCGCAAGGUAAACCUGAGGUAUCCUCCGUUGUUUAUAAAGCAGGUGAAUGCAUGCAAGAAUUAAUAAAAUUGUGGAAGGAAUUUGAAGAAUCUCAAGAUAGCAAAACUGAUGAAAAUUCUAGUAAUGGCCCCACACUGGAAAUUCGGGUACCAGCUGAAUAUGUUACUGCCACAAAUCGCCAAGUCAGAGGUGGUCAGCUUUGGGGAACAGAUAUUUACACAGACGAUUCAGACCUUGUUGCUGUUCUCAUGCACACUGGUUACUGCCGCCCAACAGCAUCGCCGCCUCCACCUGCCAUUCAAGAGUUGCGUGCAACCAUUAGAGUGCUACCACCACAAGAUUGUUACACAUCUACACUGAGAAACAAUGUGCGUUCCCGUGCGUGGGGUGCUGCAAUUGGUUGUAGUUAUCGUGUUGAACGAUGCUGCAUUGUUAAGAAAGGAGGGGGGACCAUUGACCUUGAGCCUUGUCUAACACACACAUCAGCUGUGGAGCCUACUCUUGCUCCAGUAGCUGUUGAGCGCACAAUGACUACAAGAUCUGCAGCAUCGGUAAUAUCCUACAAAUUUUAUUUGAUGCAAAUUUAUUUUCCAACGUUUUUGUGAACCCAUGUGAUGCAG